AUGAAGGCGAGCAAGAGAGGCGCGAAGAUGGCUCCAGCGAGGGGCCAGGCGAAGGGAGUGAAGCGUGCAAGCGGCAAGCCUGACGUCCAGUCGCCGAUCGCGAAGAAAGCUUCGUCCCAGAGGGGUGUAGAUCUGGGACGGAAGGGAAAAACCUUCAAGAAGGCGGCAGCUGUUGCCGUUACUCGAGGCAAAUCCUCCCUCUCACGGAGCAAAAGAGACGGGAGCGGCGUUUCACGCAGUGAUGCCACUCGCGGCAGGCGCGCCUCUCAUUCAGAUGGAGCGGGCGCACAGACCCUCGGGAAGGAGCGAGCGAAAGGAGACACCCGGCAGACGUCUCUGAAGCGGGCGCAAGAGAGAUCCCUCGGCCCAGGAAAGCAGGAAGCAAAGAGUCGCAGAAAAGGAGGGACGGAGAGUCGCCGAAAACAAAAGAGCGGUCGGGCCGAUGAGGCCGACAGCUCCGGAGAGGGAGAGAGCUUUGAAGAGCCGCACUUUGAUCAGUGGUACGACGAUUACUACAGAGAUGAACUGAACGUGUCAGACGAGACCUUGCUGGAUGUCCUGGUGGACGUUAUCAAACGCCACCAUGGACGCCACUACUACGGGGUCUGCAUGCCGACCGCGGGGACGGCGGGAAGCGAGGCCGCACAACCCGAGACAGAUCCGCUCGCGUCUCCAUCGGCUGAGACCGAGGGGAAUUCCACAGACGCGGAGCUGAGCAGCUUAACAAGUGACGCGCUGCAGGUGAAGAAAGCGUGGGCGUUUGUGGCAGAAGAUGCCGCCCACGCUCGGGCGCUGACCCGAUCUCCAGUCUCUUCCGCGCCUGCCUCCCGAAAGGCGUGGAGAGCUACCGAUCGGCAGGCGCCUCGAAGACAUCGGGGAGAAGAGCGAGCGAAAGAGCGAAGCGAAGAAAAGACGGAGGGUCUGCGGACGCGCUGGCAGUGUUUCCUGGAGCGCCGGAGCAAACGCCUAGAAGUCGAGCGCGUCGUUCAGAACGAGAUUGACGCCGUCGAAGAGAAGGCAACAGCCCCUGGGAAGGGGGAACCGGACCCGCAGAGCCCGCGAGGCGCCAAAGAAGAGACCGCCGCGCGUUCUCCGCAGCCCGGUGAAGAGGAGGAAGGGGCGAGUCCACAAGGCGGCGAAGGGGUGUCUUGUGCGGGGCAGACGUCGCAGAAUGAAGACAGACUGCAGAAGCGAACUGUGGACGAUGUGGAGGAAAUUGCCGGGGCUGGCGGCGGGGAGCAGAUUUCGCCUGAACCUGCUUCGGACGCGGAAAAUGCACCGGCUGCCCCAGCGCGUUCAGACCCGAGGCCGGAAGAGAAAAACCCGGGCAGGAAAGACACGUCUCAAGCUGCUUCGCCGAGCGACGGGAGCCAAAAGGAGACGCCGCAAGAAGAUGAGGAGUCUGCAGACGACGCUCUGGCGGAGAAGCUCCUCCGCAACCUGACGAAGAGUCCGAGUGAUGACGAGUCGUCGCCUUCCUCUUCGUCCUCGGAGACUUCCUCGUAUGCUCCGAGCUCGCCAGAGAGCGACAACGAGGCCAACUCGGAAGCUGAGAGCUGCUCGGAAACUCCAAGUGGAGAGGCUCGAAUGGGUCCUGAGGCUUCGGCGCCGCAGCCGGAGACAGAGGCGGAAGGGAAAGCCGCAGAGGCAGAGAAGGAUCGGAAAGUGAAGCGGAGGAAGAAAGCAAAGUGGGAGAAACCACGCAAGAGCAAAGAAACCCGGUUGAGGGAGAAGGAGAAGGAACGCGCGCGUGAAAGACAACUUUUAGAAUCGGAGUUGAGCUCAAAGUCCGCGUGCGUGGGCAUGUUUUCUGCCGCUGGUUCUCCGGGGACCGCGCGGAUGAAGGACGUGCAGAUGCCGCGUGCAAUCGCUCUGCGGCCGCAGUGCCUUUACCACUUUGAGAGCCUCUUGGAGACGCAACUCUGUAGCAAGUACCCGAACGGCAUGACUCGGCGAGGCGCACUGUGCUCGACCGCUCUUCGCGUCGAGGAAACGCUCGAGUUCUUUCUGCUGUGCCGGUUCCUGAAUCUCUUUUCCAACCUGGUUAACGUCCCGUGGACCUUCGACGACCUUGCCAGCGCGAUCAGUUCCCCUCCGGGUGCGGACCCAGUUCCUGCGCGGUCUUUGACUGCGCCCGAGGCAGGGCGCGCAACCGAAUCCGCUGGGGUGUCCCCUGGCGCAGUCCCAUCGCAGUCUCCCUCGUUCCCUUCGUUCCUGCAGGGGCUGAGCGUCGCAGGAGGGAGCGGUUCGGCAGGCGACGCCGAAAAGGGCGAGCCAGGCGGAGUUUUGCGGCAAAUUUUGACCAAGCUCUUCGGCUUUUUAGGGCGGCGCAUGACGCCAGGCAUGUCGCUGACCCGCAUGUGUGGGCGGUACGUGGAAGAGAAACGCCGCGAUGGCAGCAUUCCGCCGGGGAUCCUGUGGCCGUUCGACUACCCCGUGAAGGCCUGGCAGAGCUGUGACGGGGGACUCGGGGAGAAGAAGCGAAAGAGAAAGGAAGGCGCCGCCGCCCGUGAGGAAGACGACGCGGAACGCGAGAAGGCGUCGAGCCCCGAAGAGAAGGGAACGACUAGAACAGAGGACGACGGCCGGAAAAAGGAGGAAAAGAAUCGAGGCUCUCCAGGCGGAGCAGAAGCAGACGAAGAAGGCGUUCUUCUAGAGAGCGUCUACAACCCAUUCAAGGUCUGCGAGGACUGGGGCCGUUUAAAAAGCAUCCACAAACUGCGUGUGGUUCGCCUUCUCAUCGAGCACGCCAUGAGCGAGAGCCCGCAGAUCAGCAAAGCGUUGAAAGGAUUGACUGAGAGCGAGCUCGAAGCCGGUUUCAAGGGAUACGAUGACGCGGGGAGACUCUACUGGGUCGUUCCGCAGUGCGGAGACCCGACUGUCUUCAAGCUGUAUCGAGAGGAUCCUCACGCUCAGCAGGUGACAAUUCUUUGCGAGGAUAUUUCCGCCCUCGAAUCUGUUGCAGAAGCGCUAGGCAUGGAUGAGAUGACAGCCGGAAUGAGUGCUGUGCUGCUGGAGGCUCACCAGCAGAUUUUGGUUCAGGAAAAGCAGAGGAGCCGCGAGCUCCGCCGGCAGAAGGCGAUAAGUCGGCAGUUGGAGAUUUCCAACUGGGGCUUCGUACCGACAAGUAGCCGCCGCGAAAAAAAGGCUGUGGAUUACACUUUUUCGGCGUAUGAAGCCAUAAUCGAAGGCAAGAGCUCGACUCGCGGGUCCACCCGUCUCGGUGGCCCAAGUUUUGCGGAGAGCCAGCGACAGGACCGAAGCGAGCGGCUGCGAGCUCGGCAGGCCAGGAAGGAAGAGCAAAGUGUGGUGGCGGCGGUUGAGGCGAUGCAGAAAGACGGCGAGGGGGAGGACGUGCCAGAGGUUGCACAAGUAGAACAGUACACCUCAGUGGCAACUGAUGGAGGAAGCACAACCUCGAGCGGCGCAGUCCAAAAGACUGAGGAGACCAAGGCGGUGCCUCGCGCGAGGCCGCCACGCAAGCGUCAGCCAAAGUCAUCGGUGGGAAUGGCCAGCAGCCCGGCUGAUGGAGUAGGUCUACAAGAGUCCACGAUGACACAGCAGCACAGACAGCAUCAGCUAAUGCAACAGCAGCACGUGAUGGCAGCUCUGCAUCAGCAGAAGUUGCUAGCACAGCAGCAGGCCGCCGCGUACGCACACAGAACAGGCGGUGCAACGUUGUUGUCAGAGAGACAAUCGCAGGCUGGACUUCCUCCCGCAUACCGGCAAACAGAGUGGAUGUCAGAGCAGACGCACCAACCAAUUCAGAGGCAACCACAUGUGUCUGCCACGACGGCUCCUCCUCAGCAAGCUCUUGAUAUGCUUAGACAGCGCGUGGAUCUACUCAGGCAGUCGCUGCUGCAGCGCAAGGAUCUGACUCCAGAACAAAGGCAAGCACUGUAUCAGCAAGGGUGGGCGCAAUUGAGUGCCGACUUCACCAGAAUGACCAAUGCCUUGGCUCAGACGAGGGACAGGGCGCCGGGUCCACAUGCAACGCAACAAGCGGCCGGAGCUCCAACAGACGAACGGGCACUCCCUGAGCGAAACCAAACCCACGAGUCGCGAGACCGGCGUCUUCCGGUGCAAAACUUUUCCGCCGCUUCGUCUCAGCUGGGGUGUGCGCCGACGCCUCGGCCUCAGCAGAGGCAUGCGGCGACAGCGCACGCUCAGCUUGAGGCGCAGCAAGAGUCACGGGCACGAGCAGAGGCCGAGCUACAACGACAGCGCCUGGCCAUGCUGCACGAACAGCAGCAAGUUUUGCGCGCACAGCAGCAGCAAAUGCAACUGCUUCGUCAGCAGCAUGAACAAGUACAGGCGCGGCAGCGGGUUGUUCCCCCGUCAGUCAGACAAUCUGCUAUGACCCAAAUGGCCGCUAACUUGAGUGGAGAGUCAGGUGGCAUGAAUGCGUCACCAGAUUCAACAUGUCUCGUGCACGAGGAACGAACUGCAAAAGGGCAUGUCAGUCGCGGCGAGUCUCUGUCGGCAGCAGGCGAAGGCGCGGCAGGUUUUUUCAGAAAGGUAGACUCUGAGAGACGCUUUUGUGGUACGGAGUUCUCUUCUCGCGACGGUUGGGGAAACACCCCGGCACCUCCAGUGCUGCGAACUCUGGAUGGUGACAGACGCGGUAGAGACCCAGCAAUAGAAAUGCGGACAAACGCGGCUAGUGUCGGCAGCGGAGAGGCCGCGUAUUCGCGGGAAAGUUCCGCGAAAGCUGCGGCGCCGAAACCUGCUGGCAAUGGACAUGUUCUCUGA